AUGUCGUCAAUGACUACUCUUAGCAGUAUCUCGAAGACAAGUCAAGUCAUGGCGGUAGCCAGCCGAAACGUCUCCAGCGGCAACUCCGUUCAAAUCAACGGCCCGGUGGCAGACAAAAUCUAUAAUGUUAACAUCCAUAACCUAGUUAUAGAAUGUCACCACGGCUGGGAUACAAACAUUGUUCCAUCUAGGAACGAAUCAGCAUUACCGACUAUGUACACAGGAAAGACGCUGAACGUACGCAAAGUGCCGAAGACUCCAUCUUUGUCGAAAGUGUCCGCGAGAUUUGCUGCACAAAUGCCAAAAAGCGCUUUGGAUCGAUCUGUCUUGCGAGGACAAAACUUGACUUUGAACUCCAGUACGAGUGACAGCCGUCGCGUGGUUCGCGCCAUAUUUCGACUCGAUGUUCCGAACAACUUUAUCGCACAAAGAAUUGUCCACAAGCUGGGCCUUGUAGUAUGCAAAGAUCCCCGGUUCACGAUGGAGGUCAGCUCAGCUGAUAUCCACCUUCUGCCCACGGAUGACUACGUGGAUCUUGCUUGUUACUCGCUUGAACGGAAAAGCGACUUUAUCAUAUAUCGCUUCUACGUUGUGAAGCAUGAUCGAUUCGAUCUUCUCUUCGGUGCUGGCUCAAUCAUAUCUGGCGAAGGGAAGUAG